GAGAACUUUAAAAGUUGAGACAAAGUUUGGGAUUCAAAAUAUUGAUUAUUAAUCAAAAAUUAGAAUACGCAGUUUGUUCUUGAGGUUUAGUACAAAAUUUAAAUUCACUGUUCUGUGCGUAUUACUUUUCAUCGCUCCCGAACAAAGACCUCCACUAAAACGAAGAGAAUAGUUUGCUUUUAUAUUAUAUAUUUUAGCAUCCUCUGGUUGUGGGAACUCUUAUUUCUUUCCGUCGAAGAAGAAAGGGAAGUCUAGAGGAAGAGUAAUAUGGCUGGUUAUAAAGGUCAAGAUGAAUAUGAUUACCUGUUUAAGUUGGUUUUGAUCGGUGAUUCUGGGGUGGGAAAAUCAAACCUGCUUUCGAGGUUUACGAGGAACCAAUUUAAUUUAGAAUCGAAGUCUACUAUUGGGGUUGAGUUUGCUACCAAGAGUUUGGAAAUUGAUGGGAAGGUAAUCAAGGCUCAGAUUUGGGACACUGCUGGACAAGAAAGGUAUCGGGCGAUAACCAGCGCUUACUACCGAGGAGCAGUAGGUGCUUUGCUCGUGUACGAUGUCACUCGACGUGCAACAUUUGAGAAUGCUGCAAGAUGGUUAAAGGAAUUGAGGGAUCACACAGACCCGAACAUGGUAGUGAUGCUCAUCGGCAACAAAUCCGACUUACAGCACCUCAUUCUAGUUCCAACAGAAGAUGGAAAAUCAUUUGCAGAGAGGGAGUCUUUGUACUUCAUGGAGACCUCAGCACUGGAUGCAACAAAUGUUGAAAAUGCUUUCACAGAGGUGCUCUCUCAAAUCUACCGAAUCGUGAGCAAGAGAUCAGUCGAGGCAGGCGACAGUGGAAAUGUUUCGACCGUUCCACCAAAAGGUCAGACAAUCGAUGUCAAGGAUGACUCGUCGGUUCUGAAGAGGAUCGGGUGUUGCUCAAACUAAGAUAAGCUUCAAACAUCAACUCAGAAAUGGAGCAACUGAUAUUUCUUCUGUAUAUUUGUAUCUCUUCCUGUAGAAUAAGAGCUUGGAUGUGUGGAUGGUGGUUGUUUGAAAGGCUCCCUUCUUUAAAAGGGAAAAUUUCCUCUCUUCAUAUUAUAGUCUCUCCAUAUAUUGUGGAGUUUGCUCUUAUUUUUCUUGGAACAUUAAGAAAAAAAUUUUACUGUUGUAGUC